AUGGGUAAAAGUGUUGAAAAAUAUGAUUUACCAAGAAUCAACCAACAGUCAUGCCAAAAAAUCACUUUGGAAUGUAGAGAAAUAAUUGAAGAAACGUCUAUGAAGGUACCUGUGGAAGAUUAUGAAGCACAAUCAAAGUUGAAUCAUGAACAAGCACAAGCUUUCAAGACCAUAUUACAUCGUGUAGACUCUGGAACAACAAGAUUAUUUUUUGUAUAUGGACCUGGGGCAAUUGGAAAAACAUUCUUAUAUCGUGCAUUACUAGCAAAUGUUAGAUCAAGAGGUAUGAUAGCUUUGGCAACUGCAACCACUAGUGUAGCAGCUGCAAUAUUACCAGGAGAUCGUAUAGCUCACUCUAAAUUUGACAUACCUCUUCAAAUAAAUGAUACAACUAUGACAAAAAUGUCAAAACAAAGUGGUGCUGCUAAGUUAAUAAGACAAGCAAAAUUAAUAAUAUGGGAUGAAGCACCCAUGGCAAAGCGUCAAACAAUUGAAACAGUUGACAGGAUAUAA